AGAAGAGGUUUAGCUUCGAUCUGGAUGAAAAGCGUUCCGAACGCAGCCCUCACAACAGCGAGGCCCGCAGCCGCAGGCGGACGCCGCUCCGUCGGUGCCGCCCCGCUCCCGCCCUUCUCCUCAGCGUCCCGCGCAUGCGCGGUUCCUCCCGCCGGCAAGAUGGCGGCGGCGCCGGGCGCCUUCAGCCUGAGGGAGGUGCUGGCCGCCUUCCAGGCGUGCGUGACGGAGCAGCGCGAGGUGCUGCUGGGCCCGUACCUCCAAGGAUGGAGGGGACUCGUGCGCUUCCUGAACGGCUUGGGCGCCAUCUUCUCCUUCAUCUCCAAGGACGCGGUGACCAAAAUCCAGAUCAUGGAGAGCUACUGCAGCGGGGAGCGGCGGGAGGAGUACCGCACUCUGCAGUCCAUGGUGAGCUACGAGCUGAGCAGAGGGCUGGUCGACCUGCAACGGCGAUCGUCCCACCCCGACUCAGGCUGCAGGACCAUUCUGCGGCUGCACCGUGCCCUGCGUUGGCUGCAGCUGUUCCUAGAAGGGCUGCGCACCGCCCGGCAGGAUGCCAGCACGUCAGCCAUCUGCACGGACAGCUACAACGCCUCGCUGGCUGCUUAUCACCCCUGGGUCGUCCGCAAGGCAGCCGUCGUGGCAUUCUGUGCACUGCCGUCACGCGACGCCUUCCUGGAGGUGAUGAACGUGGGAGGCCCUGAGGAGGCUGUGGAGAUGCUGGGCGAUGCUCUGCCCCACAUCCGUGAUGUUUACGGCAUCACGCAGGAGCUGUAUGAGCAGCACUGCCUGCUCAACCUGCCCUGAGCACAUCUCCAUUCCCUUCUUUGUACCCACACAGAGCUGAUGGAGCUCAGCUGUGGUCUGAUGACAGAAAUGAAAUGCACUAAAAUACAUACAGUACUAUACAUAUAUCAUCACCCCAGCUCUACAGGGAGGAAAAGUGUCCACAAGCACAGUCAGGGGAGUGCUUCUCUCCCCCAGGCUCCAGUGUGAGGCUCUGGGGUCUUGCUAAGUCAAACUGCACCUUCAGCACUUAAACCACUGGAAGGUGACAGCACCAAAGGCUGUAGGUAACUCCCUUACACCAGAUAUCUCAACACCUGCACCUUAAGCUCACUUGGCCACUUUGUUUACAAGCUGUUCCCUUGGAGUUGCUGCUUUUUCCCCCCCACUCUGCUUUAGCACUCAAAAUAGAAUCCUGGGUAACAUGUCUGGUGACCUUGUGGUCACCAGGAGACUGUUCCUUUCCAUGUGGAUCCAUCCUGCAGGGCUUUGCUCAUUGUUUCUUCUGUCCUUUGUGUGUCUUGGGGCGUGGACCAGUUCUUCCCAUAUCCUACAUAGCACUACAUACCCAGCUAAGGCAGCUAACUGUAUUUCUUCUCUUGAAGCCUUGCUUCUAAAUGGUUAUUUGUUGUUUAUUUUUAAUGAAUGUGUCAAAUGCCUACAAAAUUAACUUCUCUAACUACAAUCACUGCAUACGAGAGCUAGUAUCUAUAUAUGAAGUAUGUAAAAUUGAGUUUACUUAGUUUCUUCAGAGCUGAAAAAGCACAACUCUGUUACUUCAGGAAGAAUGAGUGGCUGGGGAGAAUCCCACAGACCAUCACCUUUUGGUUUCCUCUCAACUAAGAGUCACUUUGGCUUGAAGUAACACUGCAUGAUUCAGGAAAUCACUAUUACCUCACUGGGAUCAGUCAGCUGGGCACUACAUUACAUGAUUAACAAGCUGCUAGAGAGUAUCCCUUAUAGGAAUGCUUUCUUUUCUUGCGGUGUUGGAAGAAAGAUGAGUUACAGUGUUAUCUGUUCAUCUCUGUCUUUCACCAGCAGUCUCUCAUUCACUGACCCACUGAUCAGGUGUGAAACCAACAUCAGGAGUAACCCAGAUGGAGUACUGAGAAUUUGCCUGUACAUCCUAAAUGGGGGAAUGGCUGCUAUGCUGUAAAGACAAAUACUCUCUUUCUGCCAAAGCCACUUCAAAAAUAACACAGUUCCAUAGAAUAAAUCCAUGUAUUAAAAUGGAGCAGCUCCAUGAUAUAAGCUACAAAAUACCUCCUGCUGUGCUCGCUCUGUGAUUACAGAUGGUGCUGCUAUUUCAGCUGGUGAAGUGUGUUAAAUGCCUUAAAUUAUGUCAAAUAAUCUGUGUCAAAUGAAGGUAUAUUUGAUCUCUUGUGGAUUUAAUGCAGGAAUGGCACUGUCACAUUUAGUCUCAGCCAUUCCUCGUUGGAGGCAAGCAUUACUGUUGAAAAUGAAGUUCUGCAAUUAAAGAAUCAAAGUUUCUCUGCA